AUGGGUAAAUCAUCAAAAGAUAAAAGAGAUAUUUAUUAUAGAAAAGCAAAGGAAGAAGGAUGGAGAGCUAGAUCUGCAUUCAAGUUGUUACAAAUCGACGACGAUCAUAAUAUAUUUGGUGGUGUGAAGCGAGUGGUAGAUUUGUGUGCAGCACCAGGCAGUUGGAGUCAAGUACUUAGCAGAAGAAUCUAUGGCGAUGGCAGUGAUCCAGAUGUUAAGAUCGUUGCCGUCGACAUCCAAGAGAUGGCACCACUCAAAGGUGUCCUCCAAAUCAAGGGUGACAUCACCAAGCUCACCACCGUCAACCAAAUCAUUUCACAUUUCGACGGUUCUCUCGCUGAUCUAGUUGUAUCCGAUGGUGCACCAGAUGUUACUGGAUUACAUGAUAUAGAUUUCUAUGGUCAAGCACAACUUAUAUUGUCGGCAUUCAAUAUUACAACACAUGUAUUAUGUAGAGGUGGUACUUUUGUUGCAAAAAUGUUCAAGGGUAACGAUAUGACAUUGAUGUACAAUCAGAUGAAGUUGUUCUUUGAGAAGGUUUCAUUUGUAAAACCAAAGAGCAGUCGUGAUUCUUCACUUGAAAAUUUUAUACUCUGUCAAAACUAUCAACCACCCACCGACUUUACACCCACGAUGAUUGACCCAAUGAAAGAUAAUUUAUUCCAAAAUAAUAACAAUAAUAACAAUCAAAAUAAUAAUAAUAAUAAUAAUAAUAAUAAUAUUUCAAAAUCAAAUAAUUUAAAUCAAUCAAUUUUAAGAUUUGUAGCUUGUGUUGAAGUGAAUAAUAAUAGUAGUAUUAGUAAUAGUAGAAGUAGUAAUAAUUGA